AAAACGAAAAGAAAAGACUAACUAACUUUGUGUCGUUGUGUUUAUUGUGUCAUCCCCUUGUUGUUCUUUUUUUUCUUUUCUUUUUAUUAUUAUUUUUUGGUAAAUUUGGAAUUGAGAAAGUAAAUUAAUAAUUAAAAAAAACUAAAACCCAAAUACUCAAUUACGACGUCGACGACAACGAUAAUUUCAUCUGGAGAAACAAUCUUUCAUUAUCAUUGUCCGAAGUUUUUUUCGGUUUCGGUUUUGUUUACGAAUUUGAUGUGAACUUGCUGAUGAUGAUGAUGAUGACUAAGUAAAUCAAUGUUUUGAUUUUCGGUUUUUUCGUCAGUCAUCAUUCUGUUUUCGAAAAACAAACAUUUUUUCAUCGUUGUUUUUAAUUAAAAAAAUCAUCAUUUUAUGAACAGAAUUUUGUUUUUUUCGUUUUAAAAUUACAUUCGAAAAACGCGUAGGUUUAUUUGAAAAUAAAAUAUUAUUGAUCGAUUUAGAAAAUAAAAGACUGUGUGUGUGUUUCAUUUUAGAACAGAAAACUCGGCAUUUCAAGUUUUUCUUCAAUUAUUAUAUCAAAUUUAUUCAUCAUCAUCAAACAAUUAUGCAAAAAGAAGGAAAAAAACAAUUAUUAAAUAUUGAUCCAAAGAAUGAAAUAUCAUUCAAAGGACCAUAUGAUCAUGUUGUUACUGAAUAUUUUACAUUAACAAAUCCAACCGAUUCGAUUAUUGCAUUCAAAGUUAAAACAACUGCACCGAAAAAAUAUUGUGUACGACCAAAUAAUGGUAUUAUUUCAUCAAAUAGAACAGUACAAGUUGCUGUUAUGUUACAACCAGGUGAUUUAACACAAGAAAAACAUAAACAUAAAUUUAUGAUACAAUCAGUGAUCGUACCGAAUAAUAUUGAUGUUAAUCAAAUUCAAUUUACUGUUGAUGAAUUGUUUAAACAAGCAUCACCCGAUGAAAUAAUGGAUUCAAAAUUUAAAUGCGUAUUUUUGGAUUUAACAACACCAUCAACAGUAUCAUCAACAACAACAACAACAACAACGGCGAAUAUUGGUGGUGGCGGUAAAAAUGUUUCAGCACAAAAUUUUGAUCAUGAUAAUAUUUCCGAUAUUGUUGGUAGUAGUGGUGAUGAUUUAGUUAAUGGUGUUAGUAAUUCCAAUUAUCCAACUGGUAAUGAUUCUUGUACAUCAUCUUGUUCAGAACAUAAUGAUAAUAAUAAUCAUCAUCAUCAUCUUCAUCAAAAUAAUGGUGAUUUUGUUUCGACUGGAUCAACAACUUUAGAAUAUCAACAUUUUGUUGAUGAUCAUAUGAUGAUUGGUCGUAAUAAUAAAAAAUUAGAAUCAACCGUUAUUCCUUCAUCAAUUAACAAACAACAACAAAAUAAUAAAAAUAGUGAAAAUGUAGCUGCAACAUCGAUAUUAUCAACAAUGGAAAAUGUUUCAUCGAUUCCUUCAAAUAAUAGUAGCAAGGAUGCUGAAACAAAAUUAAAAUUAGCCGAAGAAGAAAUUCGUGCAUUAAGAGAUAAAUUACAACAAGUACAACAAUAUGCCAGUAAAUUUUCCAGCCAUUCAUCAUCAGCAACAACAACGUCGUCAUCAUUAUCAUCAAAAAAUGGUAACAAAUCGAAUGAAUCAUUAUUGGAUAAUAAUCAAUUAUUGAUAAAAAUAUCGGUAAUUGUUGUAAUCGUUUCGUUUAUUAUUGGAACUAUUAUUGGCAAAAUGUUUUAAAUUUGGAAAUUUAUUUAA